CUGAAAAGUUCGCCUUCACCAUCAACUUUGACUGCUCCAAGGCGUGUGUCUACAAGAUAGCGGCGGAGAACCAGGCAGCCAUGGAAUCGUGGGUGAAGGCUGUGUCGCGAGCCAGCUUCGACUACAUGCGCCUGGUGGUGCGGGAGCUGGAGAGGCAGCUGGAGGAGACCCAGGAGGGGUCUGGAGGGCUGCAGGGCAGGCCCAAGUCCUCCAAAAGGUUGUGGGGGUGGCACGCUCCAAAUCAGGAGCAUUAUCCAGUGCUCCCCUGGUGCCCUCUACACAGGUUACAGGUGCAACUGUCGCACAGGGGGAGACUCAUGCCCGCAGCCUUCAGGAGGAGGGGCAACUCCUUUCAGGCGCCUCUAAAGAGAGUAAGCCCUCUGCUCUGAUCUAUGGGUGCGCUGAGGGCCCCCCCUCUGGUGUGCCGUGGGAGGGGAACGGAAAUGGGAACGGAGGGGGCGAUGUGGUCAGGCCUCCGCCUGUGCCUCCACUGAGUUUUGCUUCUCCAAACUUCACGACUGGUACGGAAAAGAGGUGGCUGAAC